CCGCCUCUUCUGCCGCCCGAGCGCAGUCGCCGUUGGGGCGCGCUGGGGCAGCGCCGCCGUCGCCUGUCCGGAACCGGAGCGCGGCGGCGGGGCGGAUGGAGGCGGCCUACGUGUACCGCCUGGCGGCCGCGCUGGGCUCAGAGCUACAGCGGCUCUCGGAGGACUUCGGGACGGCCGCCCUGGCCGGGCUGGUCGCGCAGGUGGUGAGGCUCCUGGAGUUGCUGGAGACGCUGGCGGCGGGCGGGCUCGGCGGGGCUCCCGAACCGCUGCUGGGAGCGUCGUCGGACGAGGAAGCGCCCGGUGCCGCCGCCGCCGCCGCAGAGGAUUCGCGGCAGGUGGCGGAGCAGCGGCUGGCCGAAGCCCUGCAGCGGGAGCGGCGCCUCCAGAGCCGGCUGGCCCAGCUGGAAGAGGAGCAGCAGCGCGCCUUGAGCCGCCUGGCGGGGGGCCAAGCCCAGGAAGACGGCCCCGGGCGCCAAGAGCGGGAGCUGAUGCUGCAGCUGAAGGAGGUGGUGGACCGUCAGCGGGACAAGAUCCGUGCCCAGGACCACGAGAUCCAGCGCAAGGCCUGCGACACGGAGGCUCUGCAGGAGCAGCUCAGCCGCUUCAUGACCAUGAACGAGAACCUGCGCCGGAAGCUGGCUGCGGUGCAGGUCCAGCUCAGGAGCGCCCUGGAGAGGAAGGGGGAGGCGGAGGCCCUCUGGGAAGCGGAAAGGCGUGGCAGAGCAGCGGAGCCCGCCAGGACUGGCAGCCCCACGGAACGGGAGGAGGGGGAUGUGGGAGGGGCUACAGUCCCCCCAGAACACCCCCCUGACCGGCGCAGCUUCUCGAAGGAAGAGCUGGAACAGAUCCUUCAAGAACGCAACGAGCUCAAGACCAGCCUCUUCUUGGUGGAGGAGGAGUUGGCCUACUACCAGCGGGAGCUGCUUAAAGGGGAGCGAGUCCCUGCCCUCCUCCUGCAUGCAGUGAAAACCGCCAUCAAGAAGCAGCGCAAGAAGAUCUGGGCCAAGAUGCUGGGCACAGAGGAGUCGUCAGCGGGCAGGGAGGAGGAAGAGGAAGAGGAAGAAGAGGAGGAAGGGGAGGGGUGGCCAAUAGGCUCUCCUGGCUCUGACUGCACCGAUAGCCCCCUGCCCGAGUCCAGGAUCAAGAGCUUCUUCAACCAGUGGUAUCGCAGAACCUCCCAGCCCAGCUCCCCGGAAAGCAGGCCUGGAACCUGGGAGAUCAUCAACGCAGAAGAUGUGGGCCCAGGAGAAGAGCAGAGGGAAGAAAGGCCCACCGGGAGCUCUUCUUCCCCAGGCCCAGCUUCCCCACUUACUUGAGCCUGGACACUGCUGGACUGGCAGCUCCGCCCUUCUGGGCUCCAGGAGAGAUGCUUUGGGGAAUCGCUGGCCCGGCUUUGCCAGGGCAAGCCUGGGGGCCUUGCCCUCCCAGACCCCUUGCCCCCUCCAACGAGGCUGCUCCCUGUGCAGAGGGCAGCCAGAACCUGCCUUGCGAGCGCUGUGCCCAGAACUGGCUGCCUGACCUCUGUCCUGGGCACCUUCUACCUGGCCCUCCCUCCACACAAGGUUGUGCCUUCUGGGAGCUCCCUGGAGCAAGAGUUGUACCCUGUCCUGUGCCUGCAGUCUUCCAGGAUGGGCAGCGAGUGUGCAACCUUAACAUUUAACACCAAAACAAUAAGGACAAUAAAAUGGAAAACGUGCA